UCGCCGUCUCGCCUGGGCCCGUGGACCACUUCCAGCCGACUCUCGGGAGAGUCUAUAGACCCCGAAGCGCGCGAUUUCGGACCCACAUUCGCUGCUUUGGUUCCGAGAUGUCGAAAUACAGUGUCGAGAGUUUGUCGCCGGCGUCGCCGCGUCUAAUUCACCGGUCGCAUCGCGGUACGGAACCGGAAAUAAAAUUGUGAUUUGUGAAAUGUGCGAGUGAUCUAUCCGGGAAGUCGUGCGAUUAGUAGCAUCCAAUUUGCGCGAACCGAGCGUUGAUUAGACAAGAGACGGGUUCUCGGUAAUUACGGUACCUGAUGAAAAAAUAAUACGUGAAUGUGGUUCUGAAACUGCGGUUGCGUGUAAUUCAAUAUUGUUACUCUGUUAUAAAUGGUGUUGUGAUAGUUCGUUGUACCGAUUGAAAGAAAAAGUAUCAGCUGGUAAGAUUCGCUGAUUAUACACGUUAUAACUGUAAGCGACAGUAGACAGACAGACGCGCUAACGACGAAAGGCGGAGUAGAAAGUGCGGCUCUUUGAAUCGGUGAUGUGAUUCUGUGCCGGGCGUGAUACAUAUUAUACGCGUGUGUGAAGUGGGCCGACGCCCGUGGCAUUCAGCCGGUGGACCGGAUGGGAGUCCGAUUGAAGUAAGUAAAGCGGCCCGCAUGCGCGAGAUUGAGGCAUCGAAAAUGAGCAAGCGGACGUUGCCGUUGGCAGGGCUAAAUUCCUGCGAAAGGAUACGGCCGGAAAGGCCCAGAAACCCAAUCCAGCGGCUGGUCUGGUCCGGGGCCCAGUUUCAAGUGGGCCCAUUCGGUUCUCUGGAGGACGAGGCGUCGAAUCCGCGGAUGGCACUGCGCCGGCUUCUCAAGCUCUACGAAGGCCGGCAGUAUCGAGAAGCGGCCAGUUUCCUGUCCCGGAUACCGGUCUACACCCUGAAGGCCGCUCUUCCCGACAUACCCGUUGAUCUCCUGGUCGACGCACUCCCGCACAGCCUCGCCCUCCUCGAGACCCUCUAUUCCAGACUGGCCGAGCUCAGCUGCGACGAACUCAAGGUCAUCAGGGUUGAACCGGCCCUGUGGAAAAUAGUCUACCUUAUAUCCACAUCCCAGGAUCACUUCCACGUUAGGAUUUGGACAAAGCUCCUGGCUGCGCUCUCCAAGGUAGCUCCUGGAUCCAAGGCUGUUUUGGCAACGAAGAAGCGAGCCCUUGAGCGGGCUGUCGAGGGCCUGGGAAAACAUGGGUUGGUACCCUCAAGCCAGCUGGGGAACGGUCUCGAUUAUACGAACGCUCAGAACCUCGUCUCGCUUCCGGUUGCGCUGAAAGAGGAGCUCGAGGCCCGAUCCGAGGCAUAUAAACUCGCUUUGCACAAGAUAGAAAACUUCCAGAAGCACACCGGAACCAAUAAAGGAGGCCAAGGAGUUCAGGCAGCGUCUCACCAGAGGCAGCUGUCGCUGAAGUACAGCGAGAUCCAGCAACGCCUGAUAAACAAUCAGGGGCUGUUAAACACACUUGAGAAGGCGACGAGCCCGGCCCUGGAAAAUCUAUUGCGAGAACUGAAGCACAGGGUCGAAUACGACAAGGAAGCUCUGAGGCAAUGGACCGCGUUGCGGAAGUCAAAUUUCAGGACCAAUACGAAGAAUCCUCCGCUUGCGGCGCGGCUUCUUCAGUGCGCGCGAGGCUGCGGUCUUGCCCUUCAGCUGAUGAGUGAGGAAAUACCGAGAGAGGUGCAGGCCUCUCCUAUCGUCCAGGAAAACACCCUGGACGACUACGAGGAGGAGUCCAGCAGUGCCGGGUACCACACCGACGAAAGCGGAAGUCCGACUCCGGAGCCGGGGGAUCCCAGUGGAGGCGAUUGCAGUUAUCAAGGCCUUCCGUUCCCAGCGGACAUGACAGUCAGCCAACUGGUCGAGCGCUACGGAUCCCUCUAUGCUCAGGCCCAGCUUCACACCCUCGAUGCUCUGGACGCCCUUGAACCCCUCAAGGAUGCCCCAGACUUGAAAGCAAAGAUUCUGUAUUCCGUUGUCGUGCUCUCGUGGCGUCUGGCGGGAAUGAUACAAACGGCACGACGUUUUGAGGCGAUACACGUUUUGAACGGAACUCAAUCCCAGCAAACCGGAAGCUCGGCUCCGUCUUCGGAAUUCGAAGAUUGCAUCAGGAGACAACUUGCAACGUUCGGAGCCCGAACUGGGCUAUCUGAAGUGUCCGAUCAGGUUUUAAGCCAACUGGAAAGAACCCUCUACGAUUUUCCCUGUCUUCGGAGCUGCCCGGAGAUCAGGGAUUACGCAAAUUCUUGCGCCAGUUUGGCCUGGGCCUGUCUCGCCAGGUCCACUCCUCUUGUACUCGACGUUGCCCAGGGUGUCGAUUUUCAGCGAGAACUACACGCCAGACAUCACGGAUCGCCGGAUCCGAACGGAGUCAAGAUUAGAAGUGUUUUAUGGCCAGGAUUGAGGGAGGGUUGUCAGGGACGCUGUUUGCACAGAGCAGUGGUGCUGACAAAUUAAUACGUUGGAAGAAAAGCUGCCUUGUUUUCACUUUUACUCGCAUUUCGUUUACCUUUAGAUUAUAGAAAUGGCGAAUCGGUCGUGCUUCUUUCAGACCCGAAACAACGCACUUCUGUACCGAAAAGCAAAAAAAAAAAAAAAAACAAGUCUUGCGCAAA